UAGAGAGAGCGAAUGAUUGAGUGUUAUGUUUGUGUAUUGCGUUAUUUAAGCCUGAAAAUUUUCAUAUAAACAGAUGUUGUGAGGCUAACUUUCAAUCAUGAUAGCCACGAUACUGUUUGAUAAGGUUAGGUGGAAGUGUCAAAACGAACUGUCAAUGUGUUCUCAAGAGCAGCAGUUGCGGCCGAAGCCGCUCGUGUACAAAAAAAGUCUCAAGUAUCACCAUUGGUCGAAAGAAUAACGUCUUCAGAAUAUGAAAUAAACCAAAGGGCAUAUAUUUUGCAAAUACUGUAUUUUAAGAAAUAUUUCGAACACAAGACAUAAAAGAUGCAUCCAGAGUGUAAAAAGUUAGGUCUUCCACUUGAUGAGGAUCACAGUCAUUGUCAGAACUGCAUUAAAGUUAAAGAAUGCAAAGCAAAAGGACUGAGAACUGAGAAAUGUGGUAUUAUUGACUGCCCAAAUGAUUGUGGAUUUAUGUUCCACAAGUGCAAAAUGUCAGAACAUUUACUAUUGUGUCUGAAUUUAAGAGUUCCUUGCAUUAAUUCUGGAAAUGGGUGCCCAUUUACCAUGCCUCGCAAAGAGAGGGGAGAACACUUGGAGACUUGCCCCGCCAGUGUUGUCGUGUGUACAGUGGAAUGGAACCGUUGGCCAACAUGCAAGAUGAAAGGACCACAUUUGCCCCGACAAUCACAUAAAUCAGGACAACUAGAUGCCGAUUUAGCCCAAAGUGAUGAGCGAGCGUUAGUAAAGUCAUUUGAAAAUCCCAUGUGGAAAAGACAGUACCGACACUGUUGUAAUAAUUUCUUCCCAGCCAUUCCUGUAUCAAAGGAGAAGGAUGGUAUUGAGCUCGUUUUCAAUGACACACAAGAUGGACUUUCUUCACAGGAGAGCUCUCCAGCUGUUCCUGUAUCGAAACAAAUUGAUUGCAAUGAAGGAACUUUUGUUGAGGCUUUAGAUGGUUCAUCUUCUCCAGAAAAAUCUAUAGGUCAGCUGAACACCAGCAGCAGCGAUGAUGUUACUGAAUUUGAGUCUGAUCAAGAGCAAUGCAGUUCUUCCACAAACAAAAGAGUCUAUAAUUUUGUGUCAAAUGAGACACCAGUUUCCAGUACAUCAUUGUCAAAUAAUAUUGAGGCAGAAGCUGUGGAGCAGCACAGUAAUGCAAAUGAAAAUGGUAUUGAUACUUUUUCAGAGAUUUCUUCAGUUGUUCUGCCUUUGUCGUUUUCAUUAAGUCUUACCAUUGAUAGACUCCCAAGAAGUCAGAGCAAACCAAUGGACAUAUACACAUUCUUAUGUGCUCAGGAGUUCAGACGAGAUGAUUAUGGUUGGCACUAUAAGAAUGUACACUGUGAUAUUCAAGGUGGAUUGGAUGGAUGGGUGGAAUAUCGUUGCCCAUUAGCACAGUAUGGCUGCACAUACAGUAUUAAAAGAUUGCACCCAUGUAAGUUGGGAGCAUCUGUGAUUCACAGUGAAGAGCUUGAAAGUUUUGGAUUCAAGGAGGCUGCUAACAGCAUUGAAGAAUCACAUUCAGAGUCUGACCAACAGCAGCUGCAUUUGGCUGAACUGCCAUUUGAGUUACUGAGUCAAAUAUGCUUAUACUUGGACUCAUUCAGCUUGUGCAAUCUCUCAAAGACCUGUCGUCGCCUGAGAAGUGUAUGUUUCUCUCGUCUGAAAGAAAGAGGCAUAAUUUUGCAGCAGUGGAACAAAAUUUUAGUCAAUGGAAGAGUUUCUUGGGUGACCAGCAAAGUGAAAUGGGUAUUCAGUACUGCAUUCAGCCCUAUUGAGGGCUGGGUUCACACAAACUCAGGAAAUAUGUCUGACCAUUUACAUCACUGUGCUUAUAAUGUCAGACAUUCGUAUGAUGAGCAGUAUUAUCGAGUAAUACCACAUGAGCUAACCCGCCGAAUAGAACUAAAAUGUUCCACCCAAAACGUAAAGUUAACACACAUAGAGAACGUGUGGUGAUGCAGUAACUCAGUAUAUCUUGUAUGAGAGGAAUAUGGAUAUCAUCAAACCUCGCAAGUGUGACAUCUCCAUUUAGAAGUUGGUUCAGAAGCACCAAACUUUUUGUGGCUUCAUUAAAGUUUUCCAUAUGCGUCCUUGUCUUUAAGCAUCUAAUGACAUGACAAGAUCGAAAGAAAAUAGUAUGACGUAUACUGAUGGAGAUGGAAAUGUGAAGACUUUUUUUCAGUACUAAGAUAACUACUGCCUACAGUAAAAGUUUAAUUAAAGCACUGCCCAGGUUUUACAUUUAAUAUUGGAUAUUCCUUGUUAUUUAUUUCUUACUAUGGCAACAUAGAACUGAAUUAUAAAGUUCCUUGUACUACCCUUUUUUAACAUUUUUUAAAAAAUAUUUAUAAUGUGCAAUGUUGACAUUUUUCUUUGUAAUGAAGGAAUUGUGAUGUGCUACAUAUAGUGAAACUAACCUUCUCAACAUUGAAUUAUGUGCAACCAUGUGAGUCAGAUUUGGUUCAUAGGUAAAGCACAGUCCUUUUUCUUUACUUUCUGUUGAGCAAGAGCACUGCCUAAAUAGUACUUACUGUUGCUAAACAGGUUGUUGCUGCUGAUGUAUGAACAUAUAUUGCACAGUAUGUUGUUCUAAUUUUUUAUUUCUAAAAUAUGUUAUUAGUAUCGAUU